AUGUUAAUAAAUACUAAUAUUGUUGAUCUAUUUCAGGCAUCAUCAUCUACAUCACCAUCAUCAUCAUCAUUACAUCAAGAAAAUAACAAAAUCAAAAAUACCAAUAUUAAUCAACAAAUUUUUAAAAAUGUUAUUGACAAUGAUAUUGAAUCAAUCUCUGGAGAUAGUGAUGAUGAAAUAACAGUUAAUCAAUGUAGUAAAAUUACUAUUAAUAAUGAUAUAUUAUAUGAAGUAAUUUCAGAUGAUGAAAAUGAAUUAAAUGAGGCAUUACCAUUCAAUAAUAAUAAUGAUGCAUUAUAUGAACCAAUAUCCGAUGAUGAUGAUUAUGAAUCGAAUAUGAUGUUACAGGUUAAUAAUGAUGAACUAAAUGUCAACAACCAUUCUAUGGUUGAUGAUGACAAAAGUAAUGAACAAUGUGCCCCGGUGAAACAUAAAUCAUAUCAUCACAGCCGAUCAAUUGAAGCAAGAAGAAGAAGUCGUAAAAGGAAUAAUGUAUUUCGACGACGAUUUCAAUAUGUUAUGACACGUCCAGUUUAUCCAAGAUUCACAAUGAAAUCAAUCAGAAAAAUUCUUCGCCGAUAUGAUAUUUCGUAUAUACACAUUAAAAUUGAACAAGAAUUAUUAAUUAUCGGUGCUAAAAAUAAUAAAAUUAAAGAUCAAAAUAAACUAAAAUUACCAAUCAACACAUUUUGUCGACACAACUAUUAUGCAUUUCGUCGUCUCUCUCAAGUUUAA